AAAACAAUCCUGAUACGGCUACGGAAAAAAAUAAAUACCCUGUCUAAAAUAUAAAUGUGUUAAUAAAAAAAUUAACUAAAUUAAACUUGAAAACAUUUUGGCGUUAAUCUCCCUUUCUCUCCCAAAACUCGACAUGGUUUGGCCUUCAUUCUGUUUAUUUCUUGAUCUCUUGAGUUUUCUUUGCUCCCCCUAGUGGUGGAAUUGCGCACUGCAGUUAUUUCUUUAAAAAACAUAACUCGCCACAAGAACGGGCUACAAACUUGCUUUUUUUUUCUUUCUUUGAAAAUUAUUGUAUAUUUUUUUAAUAACUGCGCCAGCUUAAACCAUCUGGCGGACCGGAUACGGCUCGUGGGCCGUGCAUAAGAGCAAUACAUACAUUGUGAAUUAAUUAUAUUUUUACUAAACUCUUCUAUAUGUAAUAAGAUGACGAAUUGGCGAUCUUGAACGUCGCUAUCACUCGUUGCAGCGACAGUAAAUAAUAAAUGGAUACAUAUGCGGCUCUUUUCUGAAGUGAUCACCAGGUAUUGAAAACAGCAGCAGUGACUCCUCAUGUCCGUUCAAGCACCAGUGCUGCAGCUGCAGGAGAGACGGUAGCAGCCCCUCCUAUCCGUGCAGAGGAAGCACCGUCACGGUCCAGCCAGAGCACAAGAACAGGAAGUCUGAGCAGAUACUGAAGGACAUUGGCCAGCAGAGCUGUGACGUUCGCGAAUGAACCGAGUCUUUUGAACAGCUCAUUAGCAUGAGUCUCCAUUGCCUGGGAUCCGUUCUUUUCUUCGUUCUUUUUUCCUCUCUCCCCCCUGGUUCACACAGAUACGCAAACAAGCUCCUCCAUAUAUGUUGCAUGAGCUGUGCAUGCUCAGUUCACGUGAGUACCUCGGUUUAAAAAACAGAAACAAAAGCGAGAGCCUCAGAGCUGCAGGGAGAGCCAGCUUUCAGCCGCAGCACAGGGUGGGGGAGGGGCCGCGCGCCGUCGUUCUGCAGAAUGAGCCACAGAAAGAGGAGCAGCGUGUGGAUGUACUUUUCGCUUGAGACUAACAGUAAGUCUAGGUGCAAUAUUUGCAAUAAAAUAAUUUCAUUUAAGUCUGGCUCCACAAAUAAUCUGCACAGGCAUUUAAAAACCCAACACAUCAAUGCUAAAAUCAAAGAGGUGAAGAUAGAGCCUAACUGUGAGAAUGAAGUGGAGAGUGUCAAUACCUUUGCCUCCCCAUUAGACACACAGUAUACUAGUGUCACAGUCACUGAAACCACAGCUACACCGGCACUCUCUGUUGCAACUGAGCCCUCAUCAACACCUGAACAAACCAGUUUUUUUAAUUAUGUCCCACCUCCUGCAUUAACCCCGUCGAGACAGGGGGAGAUAGACGAAGAGCUGGCCAAGAUGAUAGCUACCGACUUUCAACCAAUUAAAAUCGUGGAAGACCGGGGUUUUGAAAGCUUUUGUUACGCUCUCAAUCCCUCUUAUGUUCUUCCAUGUCGAGGGUUACUGACUCAGAAAUUGUACGAUAUGUACGAGAGAGAAGUAGAACCACUGAAGAGAAGGCUGUCCGGAGUGUCAGCCGUUUGCCUAACGAUGGACUGUUGGACGUCACAGGCUACGUCAUUCAUGUCUGUAACUUGUCACUUCAUUGAAGACUUUCAUAUGUCCUCCUGCCUCCUGGAUUGCUUUGAAUUUAACGAGUGGCACACAGUGGACAACUUGGCGAAUAACCUCCUCAGUGUUGCAGCAGAGUGGGGUGUUGACAACAAAGUGGAGUGCUGCUUAACAGACAAUUCUCCAAACAUAGAAAAGGCCAUUCAAGCUACAGGCUGGACUCAUCUCCCCUGCCUGGCACACACCAUAAACCUUGUGGUAAGAAAUUCCCUCAACGGUCCACAACCCAUCAUUAACAAAGUUAAGGAGGCGGUGGAAUACUUUCAUAGAAGCCCAGCAGGAGAACAACAACUGAAGGAAGCACAAGUCCAAAUGCAGAUGGACACACCACCACUCAAACGAGACUGUGCCACAAGAUGGAAUUCAACAUAUUACAUGUUGCAAAGUUUCCUCGCCAACAAGGACCCCAUUGUCUCCACCUUGGCUGUUACCAAUGAACCUGUCCACCCUUUAUUUCCAGAAGAAUGGAUUGCAUUGCAGGAAAUAUGCAACAUCCUGAAGCCAUUUGAAGAGGUCACUGCUGAGCUCAGUGCAGAAAGCUACAUGACUGCCUCCAAAGUAAUACUGCUGGUCAGGGGACUGCAGAGAGCCAUGGCUGAUUUCCACAGGAGGGUAACGACACAAGCAGCUCUAGAUGUGGUCAGUGUGCUUUCUUCUGGCAUGUCAGCGAGAUUCCAUAGGAUUGAAUCCAACCAUAUCCUUGCUGACGCUGCUGCGCUGGACCCCAGAUUCCAAAGGAUGGCAUUUGUGGAUGGUGGAACUGCAGACGAGGCUUUUCAAAGAGUAUCAACAGCAGCAGCAGGCAUCGCAAUUAGCUCCAGGGAACCCAACCAGUUAGACAGUGGUGCUUCAGAAUCAAUUGUUUGGAACUAUUUCUAUGAGGAAGUAGCUGAAACGAAGCCAUCCCGUAACCUCCCAGCAGACAGUGUCACAGAGGUGCGGGGGUACCUACAAGAGCCUCUUCUUCCAAAAAAUAAAGAUCCUCUCCAAUGGUGGAAAAGUCGGAGUUCUGUGUACCCUAGGCUUAGCAGACUCGUGGCCAAGAAGCUUUGCGUUGUGGCCACAUCAGUUCCAGCUGAAAGACUUUUCUCAAAAACUGGAGAACUAUUCGCAGAGAGGAGAAGUCGCCUGAAGCCUGCGACCGUAAAAUCACUGAUCUUUCUCAAUGGGAAUUUGCCAAAGGACAAGAAAGAGAGACCAUAAAGUAUGGGAGAGCUUUAUUAUUUUAGGAAUUUUCUGUUUUGUAAAAUGUUUCAUUAAAAGCUUCUGUAUGGAGCUUCAUCAUUUUGUUGUUUUUAUUUUUAUAUUUUUGUGUUUAGGUGUUCCAGACAUGUCAAACAAAGCUGUAAUUAUAAUUUAAAUUUGAUUUUCGUGGAAAAUGUAAGUUUGAAACUGAACAUUCCUUCCUGUGAUUCCUCCCGUCUCUACUGGCCAGUAGUGCUGGGCAAUGUGGAAACACAAAAUUAUAUCACAAUAUAAAUUAUUUUAUAUCACAAUAAUGAUAUAUAUCACAAUAUAAAACAAUAAAGCAUAUUUUCAGUUAUUAAAAAAAUCUCUUGCUAGUUUUACGUUGAAAACAGGAAGCUUCACUGACACUUUAUUUCAAAGACUUUUUUACUUCCGUUGACAUCAUUCGACUUUGAUUUAGUUCAUAAAUUAAAAUCCAACAAUAUUCUGUAUUUCAGAGCAAUGAAAAUUUUAUCACAUGAUCAUUUACUCUACUUAUCUAUAAAGAUCACGAAUGAGUGAUUUGGACAUCACAAAGGUACAUACUCGAAUUUUUGAGAGAGCAGAUUGCGAAAAUCCGAUUUCACAGAUACUUGUUAAAGCCCUGUUCCACAACUUGGUUUAUCUCUUAUUUUUUGUAAUCUCAUAUGUUCAUUUUAGUUGACUUUCCUUGAGUGAUAGAAGGUUUGUUGUGUUAGCAUCGGCGCGGGAAUAACCUUCUAGCAUAAUUUACAUAUUGCUGUCUUCUGCUCAUCGUCGGACGUCUUGAAUCCAAAAUGCAACCAAAUCACUGCUGUCCCCCUCUUUUGCUGAAACUGCUUAUUGGGGUAUCUGUCUGUUUCAACUCCGGGGAAACAACUUUAAGCUUCUGCUUCCAUCAUUCUGCACUCGUGUUAAGUAACAAAAAGUAAGUCGUAAAACUUACUGGAGUGUAAAUCAAAGAACAUAAAGCAAAGAUUUUACGUUGCAAAA